AUGUCCUCCCGUCACGCCGGCCGCCAAUCCCCUUCCCCCUCCCGCCAAACCGGACCUCAAGAAUCCGACAUCCCUGGCUGGACCGGAAAAGCCGAGCAGACAGCUACAGAUUCGGAACAACCCCUGCGGAACCUGGCGAGCGGCAGUGAACGGACUGGUGGACAUCACGGUGGCGGGUGUGGUAUCCGCGUUCCGGGGGCAAUGGUUGAUGCGGAGGGGAAUGUGCAUUUGCAGAGUAACCCAGUGCAUGCGCUUGAGGAGGAAUCGGCGACAAAGACGGCGAAGAAGGGGCCUGUGGGGAUGAAGGGGAGGUAG